AUGCGCCGGGCGAUGGAGAAACCUGCUGCUCCCAAGCAAGCGCCUGCCCAACCAGCUCAAACUGAGAAGCCCAAGCCCUGCUGCGUCUGCAAGCCCGAGAAGACCACCCGUGACGACUGCAUGCUGUUCUCCAAGUCCGAAAAUCCCGAGCAGGAGUGCAAAUCCACAAUUGAGCAGUACAAGGCGUGCAUGGCUGGAUACGGCUUCAAGGUCUAG